CGGAGUAUUCAAUGCAACGUGACCGCCGGUCAUGUGACCCACAGCGGUGCUCACGAUCGGAUUCAAGACCAAGUCCGAACAGCUGAGUAAGCCUCAGAGAGGGAUUUAACAUUCGAAAUAUAGCAGUGUCCCAUCAUGCCUACAAACCCGCUCUUACCAAAAUCUAUAGCAGGCGUUUCUAGGGAGCCCGAACCGAAAAUUCGCGGUGCAAACAGGUCCACGAAAGUCGCUGGCAAACUUAAGGUCCUACCGGACCAACCAACAUCGUCUACCCAAGGCAAACCCCUACCACGUCCAGAUGCUGAGGAAAGUCUGGGUACAACAGGAGAUACGGAUGACGGAGAUGACGAGGACGAGGACGAGUCAGAUGAUGACGAAGACGAGGACGUCGAAGUACGGCUACGUCAAAUCUCCCAAAUUCCGCAGGGAACGGCACGAAGAGAUGCACUGAGGCUGACAAAGAAAAAGGCAAAGUCACUACCUCGCGUAACAGCAUAUGCAACAGCAAGUUCCUAUCGUUUGCAUGAACUUUCGAAGUUUUUCAAUGCCCGGAGGGCAUCCUAUCUUGCAGACCCCAAGAUUAUCGACGAAGUUUUGUAUACUCCUUAUGCAUAUGAACCCCAAGAAGCAAAUGCGAAAUCUCUGCCAGCGAGUGGGGAUUUGUUAGGAAUCCCGGGAUUGAAUCCCCUGAUCUCUGAAGCGGAGGACAAUGGACUCCCCUCUAAUCGCAAGAAGAUUAGCAAAUUUCACACUAUUCCAACCGAAGCCGAAAUUUUUAUUUUCGCCUACGGAACAGUCGUCAUAUGGGGAAUGAGUGAAGCCCAAGAGAAACGUUUCUUGUCCUCCAUCAAGCGUUUUGAAGUUGAAAGAUUGGCACCAGACAGCGUUGAAAUGGAGGAUCUGAAUUAUUACUAUGCUAACUACAGUCGUAUAUACAAUGAUGUCAUCACCUUGCGCAAGGGAUCUAGUUACAUGACAAAGCUCUCUCUAUCACACGCACUAUCUCAGUCCGUCAAGAUAUCCUUGUUCGAAGAGCUUAUCUCGAAUACCAUCGAAGACACGAAAGAUAUACCCGAAACUCUGUCAGAGACGGGGAAAAUCGGCAUGCCUCAUAAAGAAAUCAUGCGCAAAACCGGGGAAUUAUUCAUAUUACGGACUAACAUUAACUCUGUAGGCUCUGUCUUAGACUCUCCGGAAGUAUUCUGGAGCUUUCCCGAUCUCCAACCGUUGUACGAUGCCGCGCGUAGUUAUCUGGAGAUUCCUCAGCGAAUAAAUCUCCUAAAUACACGAGUCGAGGUUCUUCAAGAUAUGCUCCAACUUCUCAAGGAGUCAGUAUCCAGUAGGCAUGCAGAACGACUUGAGCAGAUUGUCGUUGCUCUUAUUGGGAUCGAAAUUGUACUUGGCAUUAUCACCAUUCUCGUAGAUCUUAUGGCUUGAUUUAUUGCAUUCCAUUCAUAUACCUCGCAUGCUCAAGUACGGCGCAAACUGUAUUCUGCAUUUAUAGAAGGCAAACUUUGCCCCUCGCUGAGUCUCAAGUCAUUUUCCAUGGUGGCAUUGGCGACCAUCCUAGAUUUGCAAUUCUUACGGCAAAUCAGAUUACAUUUAUCGGUGCUGGCAAUAUGAGCAAUCACUUAGCCAUACUGCUGGCUAGUACGGG